CAAUGGCUUCGGCCAGGACUGCUCAUGAAUGAGAAAAAAACGUCACCGCUGCUGCUCGGCGUUAGCCAGCUAGCUAGCUAACAGCAUGUCGGCAUAACGGUUUAUCUUGGUAUUAAGACACUCUUCAUGACCUGGUGCUCAGAAAUCAGUGUAGAGAGGAUAAACACCGGCUAUGCCCCUGCUCCAUUUAACGUCCACUGUGCGGAGUGUGCUCUCUGUUUUAAUUUAGCUAACGUAUAGCCGAUAGUUUGGUGAAAGAAGAAUGUAGCUAUAGCGUAACAGCUCGGUUUCAUCUCAACAGACAAGACAGCUGCACCGCUCGUGACCUGCUGUUUGCAAUGUGGACACUUGCAUCAGCUGAAAGUUAAUAGUAUGUAAGUGUUAGCAAUGUAAGAGGCCUCGCCGACCAGUCUUCAUUGCCUUUCUACAGUGUAGUCAUGUGAAGCAUUAGCCGGAUAGUAACGUUACGCUGCCUGAUGCCUCGGUAGGUGCCUGCUGCAGGCUCCUCUGGAUCAUCCUACCAGUCAGUUCCACGUUGUCUGACGGAAGGAGGAGGCGGUUAAGGAAGAAUAGAGUUUCAGCUGGUAACAUUUGUGAGAAGAGCAACAGUUCCCUCCCUCUGCCCAUCCUCCCUCUCUGUUCAGACAGCAAAGCUUAACUUACUACAGUCGAAAUGACAGAUCUGUAGGCUGCUCCGAGUUCAGGUAACGUUACGGAUGUUUGCUGAAGGGUAAUAUCCAAGGAGUCACAUUCCCUCAACCCAAAGUGACCCCCCUCCCUUUUUUUACUACUAUCUGCACUUUUGUAACUUCCCCUUGCUUGACUUUGUGUGACCUGUCUUAGGUCCUUUCUGUAUGGGAUUUCAUGGAAUGCAUGCAUUUCACAGUAGGAUCAUGUGAAUUAAUUUUAAAUUGGACAAUCCUCCUCCUGACACCCUCCUGACUAAAAGAUAGGAUGAGUCAAAUUUGAAGAAAUUGCAAUGUGAUCGGAUAUCAACUUCCUGCCCAUCUGAGAUUGCCACCUCAGUCUGUAGGAUUCUCCCUCUGGUUCCAACACUUGUUCCCUACCUGCAGCCUUUUCCACGACCCCAUCCCUUUUCUAGUGUCAUUGGGCCAUGGUUCGCAAGAAAGGUUCUCUUAUACUAUGCGGUGCUUUCCUAUUUGUCGCCUGGAAUGCUUUGCUUCUACUUUAUCUUUGGGGUCGUCCUCCCAUUGGCCGCCUCGGAGAAGGUGGUGGAGCGGAACCAGGAGGACAGGAGGAGUGGGGUGUGGGCAGAGGGAAAGGGGGCCAGGUCAACCUGGCUGGGGAGGUGAUCCGGCUGGCAGAGGAGGUCGAAGUUCAGCUUGAGACCCAGAAAAAGCUACUGAAGCAGAUUGAAAGUCACAGGGCAGUGUGGGCUCGGCAGAAAGACAUCGGGAAAAGAGAAACGGAGGAUACAAAAGAUGUCAAACAAGAGGUUGUCCUCCAGCCACAGAAGCCUUCGCUUCCUCCAAAAGACAGUGUGGAUGAUCGGGACCAAACUCAAAUAAAACCUACACAGAAGCCUGUUCAUACAGUAGCCUCAGACUCCAAGUUAGAACAGCACCAGGACAUUGAAAAAAAGGAAGAGAUUGGUGAGAACAAUAAACUGGCGACUUCGGUUGCCAGCCCAGAUGUCAUCAUUCCCAUCCUAGUUAUUGCUUGCGACAGAGUGACGGUAAAACGGAGCCUCGACAGACUGAUACAAUACCGCCCUUCUCCAGAACAAUAUCCAAUCAUUGUCAGCCAAGACUGCGGCCAUGCAGAGACAGCUCGUGUGAUCAGCUCUUAUGGCGAUCAAGUGAGGCAUAUAAGACAACCGGACCUGUCGGACAUCAGAGUUCGGCCAGAGCACAGGAAGUUCCAGGGCUACUACAAAAUUGCCCGACAUUACCACUGGGCACUCAACCAAGUGUUCUACACGUUCUCCCAGUCUACUGUGGUCAUAGUGGAGGAUGACCUGGAGGUGGCCCCAGACUUCUUUGAGUAUUUCCGAGCCCUGUACCCGAUCCUGCGCGCUGACCCCACCCUGUGGUGUGCUUCAGCCUGGAAUGAUAACGGCAGAGAGGCCUUGGUGGAUCCCUCCAAAGCCCAGCUCCUCUACAGAACAGACUUCUUCCCCGGUCUAGGCUGGAUGCUGCUGAAGGAGUUAUGGGAUGAACUGGAGCCCAAAUGGCCCUCGGCAUUCUGGGACGACUGGAUGCGUCAACCGGAGCAACGUAAGGAGCGCUCCUGCAUCCGGCCCGAGAUCUCCCGGACUAUCACCUUUGGCCGCAAAGGCGUCAGUUUAGGUCAAUUCUUUGACCAGUACCUUCGCUAUAUUAAGCUAAACACUGAAUUUGUGCCUUUUACCAAACAGGAUUUGUCUUAUUUGCUAAAAGAGAAUUAUGAUGAAAAGUUUAUAAAAGAGAUGUACAGCGCCCCGCUGGUGAAGAUUGAGGACCUGCAACAAGCGGGCAGCUUAAAAGGGCCUGGACCAUACCGGGUGCAGUACUCAAGCCGGGACAGUUUUAAAGUCUUUGCUCGAAAUCUGGGGGUGAUGGACGACUUGAAAUCUGGAGUUCCUCGUACAGGUUACAGGGGCGUAGUGGGUUUCCUGUUCCGGGGUCGGAGGGUGGUCCUGGCUCCACCAGAGGGCUGGACGCAGUAUGACGUCAGCUGGAGCUGAGACACUGGUCCACACUGUACUAUGGGAAUGGUGUUGGAGAGGGGACACAGCCUUACUAAGAGGGACACCCUCUCAGACCAAAGAAUAUCAGCAGACGCAAUGGUUCAUGAAGGAAUGAAAGCAGCACAGAUGGAGCUGCACAUCCAUGGAGCAUGGAGUGUUGAGCCAGGCUGCUUUGUUAGGGAAGCUUUUAAAAGGUGGUCAUUCAGGAUCAGCAAGUUCAAUGGCCACACAGAAUUUACAGAGUACAAAAUUGUUAGGAAAAGAAAGUUCCACCCUUAAACACUGUUUCAAAACAGCUAUUGGCAAUGUGCCUUGCUUUCUGGGCCCAUUUUGUUUGGUGUAUUUUUUUAUUGCUUUAAAUAAGUGGCCAAAUGUAGACUUAACAUCUCAUUCAGAAGUUUGUAACAGCGGUAAAUGGAGUUUGGUAGCAUAAAAUCAUUUGAAUUGUCAACAGAAAGGGAUUGUUUCAGUGUCUGGGAUAAUACACUGGAGGCCAAACACAAGCAGAAAAACAGUGUUAUGUAUAACCUCUUCGGUAAUUUUGCAAAGUUUUGGAAAUUGAUCCAACUCGCCAGAUCAUGUUACUGUUUAAGUCUAUACACUAAUCAGAAGCAGGAAAAUGCUUGGUUUAUACGAUGUUUUUGGUGGUAAACAGAGUCCUAGCCAUGGUAGUUAACAUUAAAGAUGGAAGAGACAUCAACUUUCCAAAUGACAGUGAACUGAUCCAGGGCCAGCUAACUCUGUGUCACUGUCCUGCCGUGCUGUCUCCCGGAGCUCUGAGCAACUCAUCAAAUCUGUUCUGGGAAUGAUGAAAAUACUAGAUCAUAAGACGCCUAUAAGGUGGGGACAA